AUGGAAGAUGGUUUCGGUAGCGUUCGGGGCUCACAUGUGCAGCCUUACACCCCAGUGUCCUCAGCUAUGCAGGGAUUCAACCAGGAUCUCUACCAUCCACCUAGCCAGUAUCUGCCUUUGACUCGGAGUUCUGCCUCGGGACCACAGGCCCGGGGCUCUGGCCAUACUUUGAAUCCCCUCGCUGUCCCACAUGGGCCGACUCUGCAAAUGGAGUCAUUCCUGCCUUCCAGUUAUCUGGAGCCUCAGUUGUCUACUGCCUCAAAUAGUGGCGUGUAUUCAUACAACAGUUCUCAUCCCUACAGCUUCACCACCCGUUCACAGGACCAGGAUAGAAUGGAGGGUCUCUAUCCCACCACCGCUGACUAUGGGGUUCCUUGCAAUUCGAAUGCACGACUCGUCAGCCAUCGGGACGUCUAUUCGACUCCAGCCCAGAGUCACGGUGUGGAUAUUCUUUAUCCAUUGUCUACUCCGGCUCAUGGUGCAAGUUCUUAUCUUGGAAGCAUGGGGGGGAGCCUUGGAAGACGCGAACAGCCAACGCCCACUCUUCCCAACCCCCAGCCACGCCGAGAACUUCGACCACACGACCGGCGAUUCUUAGUACGGAAUGUGCCGGUGGAAACCGAGGCUUUUGAUCUCUUGCAAUUCCUUCGUAAUAGGGGCUUCGUAACGACAAUCGGCCCUAAUCUUUUGGAAUUGAAUACUAGAGGCCAGUGGUGGGUGGCCUUUACUGACCUGCGCCAAGCUCAAGAGUGCGCGACAAACAUCACCAAUAACCAUCCAAGUUGGAUUGUUGAGCCUAUCAAUGAGAACCACUUCCGGCACGGUUCUAGGCUUGCGCCAUGCGGCCUCGCUAUGGAGGAUCAAGUCAUAGUUAUCGUCUACUCUGGACCCGGUACCGACCUCGAGGUGCCCGACAUUGUGGAUGCUGUGAAACUUGUACUCGAGCUUGUGGGUCCCGUGUGCGGUAUUCGAGAAACCUCUGAUGACGGCCCAAAGGGCGAAUCAAGAUUUGAGAUGCGCGAAUUGGUAGUCCGCUACUGUGAUGCACAGCACGCUGUCAAUGCAUUGAAAGCUCUCAAUACUAUUAGGAAUGAGACCUUUGUCCUUGAGGUGCUUCCUUACAAUCGAAACCCAGGGGGCCAUCGAAUUCGCCAUUGGACUGCCACUCAAGAAUCUCAUAGGGAUCGACGAUCCUCACAUGUUGAUCCUUACUUGUCCCCAGAAGACCGGGAUCGGUCUCCGCCUACACCAGACCGAGCCUCUUCUAGCCAGUUACAGACCAUUGACACCAUUCGCAUUCACGGAGAUUCCGAUACUCGCACUACGGUCAUGCUUAAAAAUGUUCCCAAUGAUAUGACAUGGGAGAAUCUGAAGGCCAUUCUGGAUCAAACUUCUGCUGGUCAUUACGAUUUUAUGUACCUGCGUAUGGAUUUUGAAGAGCAGCAAAAUGUCGGUUAUGCUUUUGUCAACUUCGUUUCGGCGCGUGAUAUUAUCCCGUUCUUUGUUCAGCGACAUGGACAGUACUGGCCAGGUUUCCCUGCUAGUCCAGCAAAGAUUGCAGAAAUCUCAUACGCAACUUCCCAAGGGAAAGCAGCUCUUAUUGAAAAGUUCCGUAAUAGCCCAGUCAUUCUGGACUUUCCUCGGAACCGACCAAAAUUGUUCUAUGUGGCGGGACCCCGAGCUGGUUCAGAGGUUCCCUUCCCUCCGGACUUUAUCGCGGCCCACCUCGCUCGGGAGAUGGACCCGCCAGGCCACGUCGCCAUUCCGAAAUUAGUUAUGGCGAUACUCCUGUUAGAAAUGCCCAUCGACGUGAUCGAGACUCAAACCAAGACCCUCGCGAGCAUUCCUUUCAACGUGGACGAAGCUUCAAUUAUCAAGGCUCGCCCCCCGGUGGCCCUAGGCGCUAAGAUCUUUCCCGGAUAUUAG